AUGGGAUUGCAUUUGCAUUUGCUGCAAGCCCAAUUACUUGUGUCAAUUCUUCUUAUUUUUGUUUCAAGAUCAAUUUCUACUCAAUCAAAUUUCCAAAUAGCAGAGCCCAACUGUACGGAUCAUUGUGGAAAUGUAAGUAUUCCCUUCCCUUUCGGCACGAGGGAAGGCUGUUACUUUAACAUAUCAUUCUCAGUCAGUUGUAAUGACACCCACUAUGAUCCUCCCAAACCAUUCUGGGUAGACUCGCGCAUAAAUAUCACAAGCAUAUCCCUGGAGGGCCAAUUGUAUGUCUUGCAAUCCAUAGCAAAAGACUGUUAUUCUCGGGAUGGCACCAGUGUGGAUUAUUAUGAACCCUGGAUAACACUGAUCGAUGGAUUCGUGGUCAAUAAUACUGCCAAUAAGUUCUUUGUCGUUGGCUGUGAUAGUUACGCUUAUGUAUCUGGGAGCCUAAAUAACCGGAGUUACUUGACAGGGUGCUUUUCCACGUGCAACGACUUGGGUGAUCUGGUCGAUAGCUCGUGUUUGGGUGUAGGCUGUUGCCAGAUUUCUAUCCUGAAACUGUCGUGGAAAGUUGAGUUGACAUUGCAUAGCUUUAAUAAUUUGACAACUGUGUCAGACUUCAAUAAUUGCAGCUAUGGUUUUCUAGCUGAGGAAAGUGCAUUCACUUUCUCAGAAAGUAGCCUUUUCUACCUGAGGAAUGUGGAAAAGCUUCCAAUGGUGGUUGACUGGACAGUUGGAGAAGGAACUUGUGAGGAGGCUCGAAAUAACGACGGUUACGAUGGAAAUCCAUACCUCAAUGAUGGCUGUUCUCUUUGGUUUACUACAAAACUAUAUGGGAUUCCACUUGCUAUAAAUUCUAUUCCAGCUAUUCUGCUUAUAUUUGCCUCAACAUCAAUUUCUACACAUGAGAGUGCGACAGAAAACUUCCCGUUGCAAAGUCCAACUGCAUUGAUCAUUGUGGAAAUAUAUUUUACGGGGUGCAAUUCCUGGUGUGAAACCCCGAAUGAUCUUGGGGAUGGUUCAUGUUCUGGUCUAGGCUGCUGCCAGACAUCUAUCCCAAAAGAGGUGUGGAGAGUUAAUGUGUCAUUGACAAGCUAUGAAAGUCACACAAAUGUGUGGGAAUUCAAUAAUUGCAGCUAUGCUUUUCUUGUUGAGGAAAGCUAUUUCAGUUUUUCUCCGAGCAAACUUUCCAGACUGAUGCAUGUAGACAAGCUUCCUAUAGUGGUUGAUUGGACAAUUGGAAUUGGAUCUUGUGAGGAGGCUCAAACGAACAUGUCUAGUUAUGCAUGUAAAAGCUUGAAUUCCGAGUGUUACAAACCCGACAAUGGCUACGGCAUCGCUGUUAUUGCCAGAGUGGUUAUCAAGGAAAUCCGUACCUCUUUGAUGGUUAUAAAGUUAUGUUUGGCUUUAAUUUUCCUGUGUCAUAUAGAGUCCAAAUCACCUGGUCGUUGGAUGGUUGAGUGA